GCUGACUCUAUUCUUGAGAGCUUCUAGAAGAUUUUGGACUUGUUCAAUUAGUGUUUUCUGCAUUCUGUCCCAGGGGAUUUGAUUGCUGCCUUGUAGUUUUUUGAAGGACUGAAGUUCAGCAUCAUUAGCAAAAUUCAACUGCUGCCUGUCUGUAUGGUACAGCAAAAGCACUCCAGAUAUUUUUCAGUUAAAACAAUAAUGAGUUUCUUGGAAUGUAAUCUCACUAGAACCUGUUUUCUCUAUAGCCUGGAAGAACACCUAGCCACCAUCAGCAAUUCCUCAGAGACCUUAUAAAAACCACAUUAACUAAAUGACUGUGACUCUGGGUUACUUAGGGAGAACCUUAUCAGUUUUACAGAUCAUUUACCUUCUGCAAGAUUCAGCCACUGCUGCCCAGAGCUGCUGCUGAAAUACCAUGUCUAAGAACUUGGAGUUCAUCAAUCUGUCAUUUUUAUUAGAUCAUGAGAAGGAAAUGAUCCUGGGAGUCCUAAAGAGAGAUGAAUAUUUGAAAAAAGUGGAAGACAAGAGAAUAAGGAAGCUGAAAAAUGAACUCUUAGAAGCAAAACGUAGAAGUGGGAAAACUCAGCAGGAGACUAACAGAGUCUGUGUUCACUGUCAGAGAAACCUGGGCCUAAUCUUUGACAGGGGAGACCCAUGCCAGGCCUGUUCACUCAGGGUCUGCAGUGAGUGUCGGGUCAUGGGACCUGAUGGCAGCUGGAAGUGUACUGUCUGUGCCAAAGUCGCGCAGCUAAGAAUUAUAACUGGAGAAUGGUUUUUUGAAGAGAAGGCAAAGCGUUUUAAGCAAGUCAAUGUUCUGGGCACUGAUGUUGUUCGACAGUCCAUCUUAAGAAGAAGUCCAGGAUCUGAAGAAAGUCAAAGCCAAGAAGAAUCCCGCCAAAAUGUGGAAAAGUCAGACACUUCACCUUCUGUUGGACAGAAGGUCACACAUGAUGGUCCCAAGAGAAAAGGAUUUCUUCUUAGCAAGUUCAGAUCAGCAACCAGAGGAGAAAUCAUAAUUCCAAAAACAGGAAGUGGAAGGAGCUAUAGCUUGGACUUGGACAGCCAAAACUUUCAGAAUUUAAAGCCAGCCCUUGGUUCAGAAAGGGCAAGUACUGGUUUGUCAGAUCUCAUUGACCAUGAGGCUGGACCUGGGUCUCCAAAAAGCAGUUUCAAUAAUGGCAUAAUCCCAGUCACUCAGAGAUCACCAGCCCCAAGUGCUCGCACCAUGACUUCCAUCAGCAUUAGAGAACAUGGUUUGGAAAAUUCCAUGGGUUUGGCUGCCAUUGAAACCCCUUAUGAGGAGCUCACAAAAAGUCACAACAAAAAUACAUCGGUGGCACCUUGUAUAGCAGUGUCUGGGGCCUCCUUCUCCUCAGAUCGGAGUCGAUCUGAGGUAGAUUUGAGUGAGUCAUUUUCAGAGGACUUAGAGGAUACUUCAAGCAUAAGAAGCAGGUCUGUUCCUGGGGCUUUAGACAAGGACUUGAUCUCCUUAGAAGAAUCUGAAGAAGGCAACGGUGACUUAGUUUCCUCCCAGUUUUCUGCAAACACACACAGUUUGGCAAGUGGUCUAUCAACCAACUCUCAAGCAGGAUCUGCUAGGAAGAGGACCUAUCUAAGUGUGCCUGAUGGUGAUUCAGACACUACCAGCCUUAACAGUAUGAUGAGUGUUUAUAGUGAAACAGGAGACUAUGGCAAUGUGAAGGUCACUGGUGAAAUCCUUCUCCAUAUCAGCUACUGUUAUAAAACUGGAGGGCUCUACAUUUUUGUGAAGAAUUGCAGAAAUCUGGCCAUAGGAGAUGAAAGGAAACAGAGGACAGAUGCCUAUGUCAAGUCAUACCUUCUUCCAGACAAAUCCAGAAACAAUAAGCGCAAGACCAAAAUCAGAACUGGUACCAAUCCAGAAUUCAAUGAGACAUUAAAGUAUACUAUCAGCCAUACUCAGCUGGAAACAAGAACACUGCAGCUCUCAGUUUGGCACUAUGACCGGUUUGGACACAAUAGCUUUCUUGGAGAGGUGGAAAUUCCCUUUGACUCAUGGAACUUUGAAAACCCAUGUGAUGAGUGGUUUGCACUUCAACCUAAGAUGGAAUUUGCACCCAAUAUUGGCCUGCAGUAUAAAGGGGAGCUGACGGUUGUUUUACGUUACAUUCCCCCAGAGGAAAACCAAAUGCUUCCACUGGAACAACCUCAUGGAAAGAAGACCUAUAAAAAAGGGAAGAAGAAAGAGUUACCUGUAAUCUCUGGAGGAAUUCUUGAAGUGUUAAUCAAGGAAGCAAAGAAUUUGACAGCAGUGAAAUCAGGAGGCACUUCUGACAGUUUUGUAAAAGGCUACCUGCUCCCUGAUGACAGAAAAGCCACCAAGCACAAAACUGUGGUUGUGAAAAAGAGUGUCAACCCUCAAUGGAAUCAUAUCUUCAUGUUCAGUGGCCUAUAUCCUAAUGAUAUAAAGAAUGUUUGCCUAGAACUUACUGUCUGGGACAAGGAGGCCUUUUCUAGCAACAUAUUUCUAGGAGGAGUUCGUUUGAACUCUGGAAAUGGUGUGAGCCAUGGAAAGAGUGUGGACUGGAUGGACUCUCAAGGGGAAGAGCAACGCCUUUGGCAGAAGAUGGUUGACAAUCCUGGAACACCUGUAGAAGGUGUUCUCAUGCUCCGUUCCAGCAUGGCAAAGUGUAGGGUCUGAAAAGACCAGCUGUUUAAAUACAGAGCCUCUGGGUAUUGACUUCCUCUCAUUUCCUAGCAAUAGAGGGCUGGGACCUUGGAUUCUGCUUCCUUGUCAUUUCUCACCUAAGGGUGUUAGGGCAUGAGGGGAGAAAUAUAAGUGUUGUGAACAUUUAGGGUGUUGAUGAUUGCUUUAAAUACAUAUACUUUUGUGUGUUCAUUGACAAGUUUCUUCCAGAUUGUACAGUACACAAUAUACCACACCAUAUUCCCAACAAACAAACUGUGAAAUGGUUCAUGGGAUUUAUACCAUAACAGAAAUGACAUAAGCUGAUUUGAAACUAUGGUUAUGGUUGGAGGUCCCCAACCUUUUUCUAAUUGAGUUACUUUAGAGUUCCUCAAAUGAUUUGUGGAUAUGGAGACUACCAAGAGUGUUGAUUACUUGAAGAGUAACAAGGAGUUAUUGUCCACUUUUGCUCACACAGAGAUGCCUGUGAUACAAAGGAGACAUGAUGGGGAUGGUUCAUUGGUUUUAAGGAUGGAGUAGAGUCCUGUUAGAAUAUCUAACUUCAUGACUGAGCAGGUGGGCUGACAGAAAUGUCUAUGAUAACUAUAAUAUUUAUCAUCUAAAUCUGUCCCCUUUUGAGAGUGAAGAGUUAAAUACUUACAGUAGAACAACCAAUGAACCUGGCAAAAUUGGGAUAUAGGUUCACUCAUCUGAUGCCCUAGCCAUUAGAGCACUCCAUUAUAAACAUUCACUUUGUCAGAUGUCCUAAACCCUUAAUUAAAAGGGAAUAGGAAACAGUGGUCCAUCAAGAUAUCUCUUACAUUUUGUUUAUUGAUGAGACUAGAUAAGUGAAAAGGGAGGUGCUGUGCCUGCUAUUUCAUGUCUAUCCCUCUUCUGUCCUGUGAAAGUAGUUAGGGACUCUCUGCUUUCUGCCUUUUAUUUUAUAUUUCACUGAGAUCUUGUUACUUCCUUUUUAAGUGGCUAGCUAUUGUCAUAUAAUGCUUCCUGGUACAGGCUUGAGGGUCUAAGUCAGCUGCUCCUGUUUCAUCUUUGUACCAAAAUGAUAUCCUGAGUAUGAUGAUGGCAGAAGUAGGAUAAGCCCCACUUGUUCAAUAACAUAAAUGUGUCACGCCCCAUUGGUCAAAGGAAAGCCACAGAGCUAAAUCUAAAAUCAAUGGACAAGGAAAUAUCCUCUAGUCACAGUGAGGUCUCGACAAAGGUGAGGAUGCAGGGGGGAUGAAAAAUUGGGGCCAGCAGUUCAAACAUUAUAUAUCUUGUCACCUCAGUGCUUGCAUCACAAAACUUAGAUGAGAAAAGGCAGUAAAAGAAAGAAGGAAUCUUAAGCCUGAUUCCUUAUUUGCAUGUUUCAAACCUGAGAUUCAAAAGUCUGAGGUGAUUUUCUCAAGGUCAUGUAGAGAUUGUGAAUGUAUCUGAACUCAACUCCUAAGCAGUCUUCAAUGUGAUAUGACUAUGCUGAUCCAGGUAGAUAAAAGGUCUUAUGUCAAUGAAGAUCUGAUUCUUGUAUAUAGACUUGUAUAAGUCAAUCUGGAUGUGGUAACACAUAGCUGGAAUCCCAUAAUUUAAGAGGUGGCAGCAAGAGAAUCAAGUGUUCAAGCCCAGUGUGGCCACGCAGAAAGACUCUAUCUGAAUAGACCCCAGGCUCACAAAUAACAUACAUAAGACAAUAUAUUCUGGUAUUAUAUUAAAUCCCCCAUAGUUCACUUCCUCACUUGAAUACAUCUGAAAUCCUUUGAGGUAUUCUUCAUAGUAAAUAAAUAAGCAACUUAUCACAUUAUUCAUAAACAAAUCAUCUAUAGAAAGCUCAAAUAAUCAGUCUAGCAUAGCUUGGUAAACAUGGCACUUUUAAAAAAUAUACUCAUAUUUUUAUGUUACUCUUCUUAAAAGCAGAAAACAAAGUAUAUACUCAUCACUAUUGCCCACACUGGAAAAAUAAAUUGUCUUCAUACUUUAUGUGACUCAUAUUUUCUUCUGGAACAUUUUAGGGGAAUAGAGGAGCUGUCAAUGGUGAAAUCUAGAGACAUCUCUGCAGUAGAUUCAACUAAGUAGAUUUAUUUAUUAAUAAAAAUGUGGCAAAGUUAUAAAUUCAAAAUUAAUUAUUUGAAUUCAAGAGGCACAUAGUCUCUGUGUUCUGAUAUUUGACACAUUCUGAGUAGUUCUCUGUAUCAUGAUUUCAUGAAAUCUGACCUCUAUCUGGGUAUUUCUCUAACGUGAAUCCCAGAUUUGCAAUGUCCAUCAGAAACGUAUUCAAGUUGCUCUUGAAAAUAAAAGACAAAAUGUGCUUCAGCUCCUUCACUAAAUGGAAGUAUAACAUAAUAGUUUAAAAUACAAGCUGAGUGUGGUUGUUCACACCUUCAAUUCUAGCAUUCAAGAGGCUUAUGCAUGAGGAUCACAAGUUCAAAGCCAACCUAUGCUACAAUGUGAUGCUUUCAAAAGUAAAAUAAAUGUGUUCUAUGAAUGGCACAGAAGUAAAAUAUUUCAAGAUUGUGAAGAAUCUCCCAUUUCAUGUAAAAAUAUAUUGACUCAUUCUUUCUUAUGGCUUUAGGUUAUUAUGUUAUAGGAAUACAUUGUAUUUAUUUAACCAGUGUUAUCAAAUGCCACAUUAAAUAUGAUUAAACCAUA